CAGACAACAGUUGGACAUGACUCUCUAGGAUUUAUAGUUUAAAAUCAUGGAUCAUACCGAGUACCAUAGGAUACAAGUGAAACAGCGUGAUAUCAGAAAAUAUUCAACUUUUACGCCAGCUGAUAAUAAACAUUCACAUAAUCAGGACAAUAGGCAUGUUCCGAAUAUUCCAAUAAAGAUCGACGAACAAACCCGCAAACUUUACAAUUAUCAACUUAAAUUGAUCGAAGAUCAAAUUCUAGAUGUUCAGAUAAAAUUGAUGGGGAAACAGAAAACUCUUUUACAGGUGAUAGAUAGACAGGAGAGAAUGAUGGGAGAGCAGAGAAAGCUGAUCAAGCACCUGAAGGGGAAGCUUGAGAGCAAGAUGAAGACAGAAAUGAAGGAGAAGGAGGGGAAUGCAGUAGGGAGAAGUGUGGAAAGAGAUGGAAGGAGAAGCUGUGUAAUUAUGAACAGUUUGGAGAGCAAAGCAAUUAAAAGGUUACCGAGCAUGAGAUUUUUGUCAUCUCCAGCAUCUAUGUCAAUACCUAUCCGGGAUUCUCUUAAUAAUCUCCCAGUUUCAAGAGAUGGUCUCACCAAAAGUAGUCCUGUAGCUACACAAGAUGGUCUGAUGUAUAGCAUAAGUAGUCCUGUAGCUACACAAGAUGGUCUUGUGUAUACUAAGAGCAAUACUGUAGCUACACAAAAUGGUCUGGUUUACACUAAGAGCAGUUCUGUAGCUACACAAGAUGGUCUGGUGUAUACCAAGAGUAGUCCUGUAGCUUCACAAGAUGGUCUGGUGUAUACCAAGUGUAGUCCUAUAGCUACACAAGAUGGUCUGGUGUAUACUAAGAGUAGUCCUGUAGCUUCACAAGAUGGUCUGGUGUAUACCAAGAGUAGUCCUGUAGCUACACAAGAUGGUCUGGUGUAUACUAAGAGUAGUCUUGUUGCUUCACAAGAUGAGAAAAGUCGAUUAUCUGCCCCCCUGAGCGUUGAUAUCUCCAACAGCUGUUCAACAAACAAUCCGGAGUCAAAAGGACACGUUGAUCAAACCGAACCUUUAUCUGGAACCACCUGGAGCCAGGACAGUAGUAGUCCUGGUCCCGAGAUUAAUCACACUAAUUAUGAACCCUCAGAUUAUGAAACUUUAAGACAUAUGUUCCACAGUCAGAGUGUGAUGACGAACAAAGCGAAACCGUCGGAACCAAUGACAGAGAAAAUGCUCGAACAUAUCUACAAUUCGUCAAGGAAAAAAGACGAUUUGAUUGGAGAAGACGAUUCGGCGAUCAACUCAGAUGAAAAUGAUUGGGAGAGCGAAGAUGAAGAAGAAUCUUAUUAUAGUGAUGAUAGUUUUGUAACCUUACAAUCCUUUAAUACAGAUACAGAUACAGAUACAGAUACAACUCUUCAGUAUAGUGAUGCAACCAGUGACAGUGCUCUGGGGUCAGAGUCCUUCUGUAUCAACCCUUUUUUCUCUUAAAUAUGAAAGAUUGAAAAAGGAACUGUUCUCGUGUCCUUUCACGCAAAAAUGGCAUUGCCCGACUCACAACGAUACUUAAAAGCUUUGACUGAUCAAGUUUGAAUUAGAUAUUAAUGUUAAUUAUUUUGAAAACUUGUUUUAAUGGGGUUUCUCUGUAAAAGUAACUACUGGAGGAAACCAUAUUGGAAUCAUCAGUAAUAAACCACUUUUAGACCACGAGAUACGACAAAAUUUUCCACAUUAUUGAUCAUGUAAAGGUUUCAAGGGUACUGUUGUAAAUCGGACAUUACCAUCUUUGCAUGGAGGGUAACCUGACAUUAUACUUUUUCUAUUUACUCAAAACUCAAUCCUUAAACAUGUUCAUUUGUAUUUCUUUAUAUCCAACCUGAUCACAUUUUGCAAU